AUGGCCAUUAUUCCCGAGCAUCCUGGUCUGGAAGUCAAGAUCUGUGUUCGCGGACAGCAAUUGCAUGAGUACGACGACGAUGACAAAGCCACUGCACUGAAGACGAUUACCAAGUACAUCGAAGCGCGCUCAGGCGAGAAGUUCUCGAUCGUGGCUGAUUACAAGCCUCCAUUCCCAGAUCAGUAUGGUGUUCUGGCUCGAGUUUGUAUUGACGGGGUAGAGAUGAACUGGAUACUCAAGCGAGAUGAACUUUCCCAAGGCCGGAAGUUCAAUAGCUAUCGUUCUUACCAAGGCGGCGAGUGGGUCAGACAGAGAUUCACAUUUGCCAAACUGAACAUUCGCAAGUACUAUGAAGACCUGUUGAUGUCAUCCACUUACGUAGAAGAGGCCGAUAAGGCUGCGCCUGAUGUUGUUGCUCUGCAGCAGAGUCUCAGCAUCAAAGGCUGUAUUACACUAUCUCUUAACUUCAUCGAUAUUACCCAUGAGACGGUCAUUGACGAGAUAAGUUACAGCGACGAUAGACACCAGCAACUUGCAGCGCUCCAGGAGAUUCCAGAGAAGGCGCUCAAAGGCGACGCCCUAUCGCACCAAGCAGUGUAUGUAGAGAGUGGGUAA